CCGAGACACGUCGUGCUUUCCGGGUUAGGGAAGUGGCGGAGCCAGAGGCCCCUCUGCAGCGCGGGGCUGAGCUCGCCACGCAGGCGCCCGCGCCCCCGCCGCCAUUGUUGCCCCGGGCCUCUCGGGCCGCUCCGGCUGCGCGUCCGCCGGGUCCCCGCGACAGGGUCUCUUAACCAUCCCUGCAAGUUCUGGGCUCCAAAUUUGUAACUAAGGCUGCUGACUCUACCUUGACCUUGUUCUGCCCCUGGCUGCAGCAGCCCUUGAGAGAAUGUCUUUGUGGCUCUAGCAUGAGACUUCAAGCAGUUGGCUCACUACUGGAAAAAUAAAGGAUACUGCCAGACUGACCUUCCUGUCUGUGGCAAUGUUCUCCCCGUGCAAGAGGAUGACCAGUUCUUCACGCUCCCAAAUCCUUCUGAUGUGGAAGCCAGACAAGGUUCAGAGUGGACCCCACAAUGUGGAGAAGGAAACGCAUGCUUUGAGACUCUUGCGUGACACUGAGACCUGUCGACAGAAUUUUCGAAAUUUCCCAUAUCCAGACAUAGCUGGUCCUCGAAAGGCAUUGAAUCAACUCCGAGAGCUCUGCCUUAAAUGGUUAAGACCUGAGAUUCGCUCCAAGGAACAAAUCUUGGAGCUGCUGGUGCUAGAGCAAUUCCUGACCAUCCUGCCUGGGGAGGUUAGGACGUGGGUGAAGUCCCAGUACCCAGAGAGCAGUGAGGAAGCGGUGACUCUGGUGGAGGAUUUGACUCAGAUUCUAGAAGAGGAAGCUGCUCCUCAGCAUUCUGCCCUUCCCCAAGAGACCCCAGAGGAAGACCCCAAAGGAAGACCUGCUUUCCAGGCAGGAUGGUUAAAUGACUUGGUGACCAAAGAAUCGAUGACAUUCAAAGAUGUGGCUGUGGAUAUCACCCAGGAGGACUGGGAGAUCAUGCGUCCUGUACAGAAGGAACUGUACAAGACUGUGACAUUACAGAACUACUGGAACAUGGUUUCUCUGGGACUGACCGUGUACCGACCAACUGUGAUUCCCAUGUUGGAAGAACCAUGGAUGGUGAUAAAAGAAAUCUUAGAAGGCCCUAGUCCAGAAUGGAAAACAGAAGCCCAAGAGUGUACUCCAGUUACAAAUACUUCUAAGUUCACAAAGACUGGUACUCAGACCAUCAAGUUGGAGGAACCAUACGACUACGAUGACACAUUAGAGAGGCAAGCAGCAGAUACCUUCAGGAAAAUUCCCACCAGCGGAAGAAACUCCCCUUUGAAGUCCGUCCUCUUACAAGAAGAUGACCCUAUGGAAGAGUGUCUUAGUAAAUAUGAUAUAUAUAGAAAUAGUUUUGAAAAGCAUUCAAACCUAAUUAUUCAGUUUGGUACCCAAUCAGAUAAUAAAACUAUGUAUGAUGAAGGCAGGGCAACCUUCAAUCAUGUCUCAUAUGGUAUUGUACAUAGAAAGAUAUACCCUGGAGAGAAGCCUUAUAAGUGUAACGUGUGUGGGAAAAAGUUUAGGAAGAACCCGUCCUUCGUGAAACACCAAAGUACCCAUGCCAAAGAAAAAUCUCAUGAAUGUGAAGAAUGUGGGAAAGAGUUUAGGCAUAUCUCAUCCCUUAUCGCACAUCAGAGAAUGCAUACUGGAGAAAAACCAUACGAAUGCCACCAGUGUGGUAAAGCCUUCAGCCAGCGUGCACACCUUACCAUACAUCAGAGAAUUCAUACUGGAGAGAAGCCCUAUAAGUGUGAUGACUGCGGAAAAGACUUCAGUCAGCGUGCACACCUUACUAUACAUCAAAGGACACAUACUGGAGAGAAACCAUAUAAAUGCUUGGAAUGUGGUAAAACCUUCAGCCACAGUUCAUCACUGAUUAAUCAUCAGCGAGUUCACACCGGUGAAAAACCUUAUAUAUGCAACGAGUGUGGGAAAACUUUCAGUCAGAGUACACACCUUCUUCAGCAUCAAAAAAUACAUACCGGAAAGAAACCGUAUAAAUGCAAUGAGUGCUGGAAAGUGUUUAGUCAGAGUACCUACCUUAUUCGACAUCAGAGAAUUCAUUCCGGAGAGAAGUGUUAUAAAUGUAAUGAAUGUGGAAAAGCCUUUGCUCAUUCCUCAACUCUCAUUCAACAUCAGACUACUCACACUGGAGAGAAAUCCUAUAUAUGUAAGAUAUGCGGAAAAGCCUUCAGCCAGAGUGCAAACCUCACUCAACACCACAGAACACAUACUGGGGAGAAACCGUAUAAAUGCAGCGUGUGUGGAAAAGCAUUCAGCCAGAGCGUACACCUUACUCAGCAUCAAAGAAUUCAUAAUGGAGAAAAACCCUUCAAAUGCAAUAUAUGUGGGAAAGCAUAUAGGCAGGGUGCCAAUCUCACUCAACAUCAGAGGAUUCAUACCGGAGAGAAGCCGUAUAAAUGUAAUGAAUGUGGGAAAGCUUUUAUUUAUUCCUCGUCACUUAAUCAACAUCAGAGAACUCAUACUGGAGAACGGCCCUAUAAAUGUAAUGAAUGUGAUAAAGAUUUUAGCCAGCGAACAUGCCUUAUUCAACACCAGAGAAUUCACACAGGAGAGAAGCCCUAUGCGUGCCGUAUAUGUGGUAAAACCUUCACUCAGAGUACGAACCUCAUUCAGCAUCAGCGUGUUCAUACUGGUGCCAGACAUCAUAAUUAAUGGAUGUGGCAGAUGACUUCACUUAGGUUUGACAGUUCACCCGAAUUUUAUUUUGUGCUCCGUUAAAACAUUAUUCAAAAGAAGUGCAAUAUAUGUUAGAUAUCAGCAGAAGUAUCAAAAGAAGCAUCAGAAUUAGUAAUGUGGAUAUAAGCUAUUUAAAUUUAACGUGAAAUUUAAAAAGAAAACUUUAUUCACUCCUUAACCUUUAUUUGCUACUAGUUCAAUUCAUUCCAGAGAGAAACCCAAUCUGUAACUCAUCAACUCUUAGUGUAUUUGAAGUACUUCUUAAUGAGACCUUAUGAAUGUAACUUGGGAAAGCUUCCAUCAAGUAGGGAUUUCACACUAGCAAGGAAUCUUGGGAUAAUUGAACAAGCUGCUUUAAGGCCUUUAUUACUUCCCAGCUUUGAAGCCUUAAAUACAUAAGGGGUUCCCUUCCCUUUUCCUAUUAAUGCCAUAACUGCCAUGUGGAGCCAGUAGGUUUGCAAAAUAUAUACAGUGGAAAGUAUCUUAAUUUCUAUGUGACAACUGUAUAAUUACAUUUUCCUUUACUGAAAUAUUCAAGGAAGAGAAGCUUAAUGAAACAUGAUCUGUUAGGAUAACUAAUGUAUAUAUAACCUUUAGACGUGUACAAAUUAAACAGGCAAAAAUUAAACACCCAUCCUUAAAUUCACCUUUAAAACAUAUUAGCCUUAGUUUCACUAGGUUUUGACAUCUGUCAUCCUAAAGGAAAAAAUAAGAAAGUUACCUUUUUUUUUUUUUCACCUGACUCCUAAACUCAUAACUUGAGGUUCCCCUGUGGCUAUUUUGCCAUAGAAAGCCCAUUUCCAUUGAGACCCAUUUCUCGAGUGCCUACUGUGCUCAGGGCCCAGACUUCCCAACUGGAUCUUCACAGGGCUUGUGCUGAAAACCACAGCUGAUUUAACAACAGAAAGCUUACUAAAGUAGUGAAAUGUGACAAAGGACAUGGUCUUAACUAUUAAGUACUGUCACAGAAUGACAUAGGAAGCGUACUAAAAUGGGUUGCCAAAUGCAAUCCCAUAUCCCAAGACAAGUAGUGAAAGCAGCUAUUUACAUAGUGUGAGGGAAAAACAAGUCAUGGAAAAUAGAUUUAAGUUCACUACAGAAAGUGGGUCAGGGAAAAAAAUCAAGGGUGAAAACUUAGCAGUGAAUAGAGAAUACACGGGUAACUUACAGCAUGAACUAUUGUCCUACUUGGGUUACCUAAGAAAGUAAGAGUGGCUAAUUAAGACCAAAUUCAGCCUGUUUAGAAGAAAGAACUAAAAAUGAAGCAACUGAUUUUAAAAGAAUAAUUGGAAUUGGUUCUUUUUCAUACAUGUAAGUAAAAUAGGGAUUACUCUUAAAAUGUCAGAAAACAUUUACUGGAAAAAGCAUUGAUGCAGAAACUCAUUGAUGCAACAAUCACUAGACAAUAUUAACUAAGUUUGUGGGGUCCUGAACAUAAAAGGAAAACAGGCAGAAAUGCAAAUAGAAACAGGUAAAGAUACUAUUGUGUUUAAUAUCCACAGCAUUCCACGAUCAGAAUAUAAGACCAUAUUCUGAGAGCUGAGAUUUCAUCUUGCUCUUAAUUGUUUCUUCAGUGCCUUGCGUGUAGGUUGUGGUCGAUCUGUGUCGGUUGAAUUAAUAAGUAGGUAAGUUAGAAUUGAGUAAUAAGGUAUAAAUUAACGGAUAUGGAGUGAAGGUGGUUGAAUUUAAAAUACUUUUGUGCACACAUGCAAAGAAAUACUUAACAAAUACUGGUCAUUCGCUGGGUAAGAGGAACUACUUAAAAUUGAAGAAUCAAUUCUUAACAGUGGGGAUAUUCCUAAAGAAAUCGUGGGACGUCACUGCACAGGAAGUUUUCCUGAGCUAGAUGAAGAAAAACUGAUCUAAAUUCUGGUGCCAUAAAUACCAUUUUAAGCAUAUGAUUGACCAUCGCAGUCUCAUUUGGAUGUUACUGUUGAUAGCAAACGUCCUGCAGACAGGUGCCGAAGGAAAGACCUGGGGUGCUAGCAUCUUCAAGGCUUUCUUGUUGAGUGUUUUCUUCAAGAAGCUUCUGCUUUCCCUUGUCUUCACCUCAGUUAACCCUGAUGUCAUGGAAUCAUCCUUCACAAAGUGUAGAUCGGCUUCAGGUUGCAUAAUACUCGAGUUAGGCUUAUGCCAUAGUUACCAUGUUAGAAAUAACCGUUGUACUUAAGAUGCAAUUUUUAUUGAUAAUGCCACUUCAAAUCUUACACGACACUUUUUCCCCUCCUGGCAUGAAUGUGUGGAGUAUUGCAGUCCAUAGCGCCUUUUUUCGCUUUAUUUUGUAUUUCCUGCCUUUGUUUUAUGUAAAUAAUGCAUUUAUAAAGUCUUCCACUGAUACGCUGAGGCAAUGGAUGCCCUUAGACAGUAACAGAAUAGUGGAGAGUCAUGAGUCUGUGUUAUUUUUCCCACUUUUUACGGUUGUCUGAUCCACAUGUAAUUCAAGUUUUUUGUUUUUUUGUUUUUUUUUUUUAGCAGAUAGCCUUAUUUUCCACAACUUUUUAUUACAAAGAUGUUGAAAUAUACAGAAAAGUUAAUAAAAUGAACGGUAUAUCUACCACCUAGCUUUAAAAUUUUAACAUUUUUUACUGAACGACUGGAAAGUUACUUAGACGUGACAUUUCACCCCUAAAUACUUCAGCAUGCAUCUCAUAAAAAUAAGGACUUUCACAUUACCACAUACAUUACAUACCUUGAAAAAUGAGUAAGAAUUCUCUAAUCUUUAAUGUUUCAUGUUUAAAUUUUCCCUGCUGAUCCCAACAAGUUUCACACAUUAUGUUCAAUUACUAUGUCUGUUUCAUCUGUCCAGGUGUCUCCCACUUCUGAUUUUCUCUAGGACUUUUUUUUUUUUUUUUUAAUAGAGCAGGUCAGUUGUAGAAUGUCUCACAUUCAGGAUUUAACGGAUUGUUUACAUAUGGUUUAUCUUGUUCCUCUACCCCCUGUGGCUUCUGUAAAUUAGUAUUUAUGGCCAAAGCCUUGAUUGGAUUCAGGUUAAAUAUACAUGUUUAAUAUUAACACUUCACCGAUGUGUCUCCUGUUGCAUCAAAUCAAAAGUCUUAUUAGUAUCUGGUUGACCAUCCGUGAUGUGAAUCAUGGGAAUCACCGUAUCUUCCCAACGUGCAGAUGUGUUUUUUCCGUUGCAGUUGAUCCGGACUGACGCUGGCAGGGUGUGGAUAGCUUGUUCACCAAGAACUUUUCACCUGGUACUUGUAGUACCCAGUGAUGACGCUCGUUCCCCAAAUCAGUUAUUUCCUUAAGAUUGGCAACACGGCAAUUUUCUAUCAUUCUCUCAACGUUUCCUGAUGCGUAAGUCUGUAAGGCAGAGCUUUCCGUCAUCUGGAAGUGCACUAGAGGCAAGGCGCUACUUCAGUUCUUUACUUACCAGUUUUCAGAGUGAGGAGUUGGCAGUGAUGACAGAUUAUUCCAUGUGUUUACGUCAAUCAUGGCCAUUGUUUCUGUUGCUCAAAUUGUCCCCCAUGUGGCCAGUUGGAACCCUUCCAGUAGCUCUUAGGUCCCUUGUCAUUCCUUCUCUAGCCUUUGGGGACUUCAUUGCCUUCUGACACAAGAGAUCUCAGGUUCAGUGCCCCAGAUAUGGAAUGAGCCAUGUCUCCCGCAAUCCCUGGCUAAGUCAGCAACUAUUUAGAAACCAAGCUCUGGAUGCUAGGUAUGCUCGUUGCUGCUGGGGUGUCAUUAGCAGGUAGCCUUUGGGUCUUGACCAUUCAACUUAGUUCUUGUAAAGGCAACUCUUUGCACUCAUUUCAUCAGUUACAGAAUCUCUAAGAGCCGUCAUUACAUACUGGGACAAACUGGGGAGCAAACAACUUAGCCUUUUAAGCAUACAACUAAAUUGGAGAGGACGGAAGUGGUAUGUAUACUAGAAAGCAGCAAGCGCAACCCCAAGAGGUCUUGUACCAGGACCGGCAGAGUUUAAGGAAGGGAGCAUGUCAGUUAAUAGGUGGUACCUAGUAUGUCUUAACUAUAACAUGUCUUGGUAAUUCAUGUAUUUAUAAGCUAAUCAUCUUUCCCAUCACAUUCCUUAAGGCAGGUUUCUGAUAAGAUCUAAAUCUGAACCCUGAGGAUCUGUUUCCUGCAAAUCUAAGUGCUAGUUUUUCUUGCUAAACUUUUAUUUGGUCUUCAAAACUUAGAGUGUUAGGUUUCAUUCUUCAACUGUAUCUUCUGGUAUCAAUUCACUUGCAUGUGCCUGUAAAUGUGCUUAGUCCUCUAUUUUGUUACUCUCUUCCUGGCUCUCUAUUUCACUACAGUUACUAGCCCCUUGGAACACUGUAGCCAUUAAGAAUGGCAAGCAUGUGCACUACAGUGAUAUGUGUAAAUAUGUGUGUGAACUCGCAAGCAACGCUAAGUCCUCUGGAUGGAUGGGGAAAGUGAUACCCAUGAUGCUGAAGUGUCUUGCCUGAGGUCAUACAGUCCUACAGCGACAGAAUAAGGGUUUGGACCCAUGCCUCCGGCACUUAGUUGAAUUCUUCCUGUAAAAUUAAUGCUAAUGGAAAUCCCGAGCACAAACAGUAUGUACCUGCAAUUUUAUAAAACUGUAUUUUGAUGAGA